GGCUGCAAGCAAGGCCGGUUGAACUGCUAUCUACCUCAGAGCGCGGUGUUUUGUUUUAUUCAGUCGAAUGCAGCCAUUUGUAGCAAUCCGGUGCUACGCUGUGCCUUUACAACUAAAAAAUGUAUCGCGAGAUGAUUGGAUCAUGUUAGAAGCGAAUUGACUUUACAAAUAUUUAUUUCAAAUUAAUGGGCGAUUCAGACGUUUUGUAAAAUAACGUAACACGUUGCCAAACAAAACGAGAAAUUACUUCAAGAUGGGAUUAUUUAAAAUAAGCCCCACUCAAAUAUUUAAUAAAGCAAAGCAACAAGGAUCCUCUGAAGAAAAUGACGCCGUAUCAGCUAUUAUUGGAAGCUACGGGCAGUGGCAGUUGAUGAUGAAUUUAAUUUUACCGUUAUUCGCUUUUCCGUCGACUUUUCAUUUAUAUUUGCCAACAUUUACGACAAAGUUAACAGACUUUUGGUGUAAAAGACCUGCCAAUUUGUCAAGUCUACCAAUAGAAUACUGGAUAAAUUAUAGUCAACCAAUAGAUGCCUGUUCUGUACGCAUGCUUCCUGCUGGCAUAACCGCUGAGAGUAUUAUGAACAACACCGCGCCCAUGUUAGACUCUUUCCUAAGGUGUACAGAAUGGGAUUAUGAUCGGUCCGAAGUUGGAAAUACCAUAAUUUCGGAAUGGGACCUGAUUUGUGAUAAAGCCAGUCUCACUACAUUAUCAGAAGUAGCAUUUUUAAUUAGUGUUGGAGUUGGCGGAGUUUUGGGUGGGUGGUUUUCUGACAAGUUUGGUCGUAAAAGAAUUCUCAUGGGCAUGAUAGCGUUACAAAGUGUACUCGGAAUCCUAUCUAUUUUCGUGCGUACCUUUGUACAAUAUAUUUUGGUGAGACUCGCGUUGGGUCUAGUAUCAGUAUCAGUGGUGUACGCAGCUUUUGUCCUCUCCGUAGAGCUGGUGGACGGACCUUGGGUAACAAUUGCGGGAUCUUUGAAUUUCUUCCCACUACCUUCGGCAUACAUAAUAGUAUCAUUAGUAUCAAUGGCUUUGCCGGAUUGGAGAGAUCUCCAACUUGCUGUGGCAAUACCUGGACCUUGUCUGCUUCUUCUCUGGUUUUUAAUACCGGAAUCACCAAGAUGGUUACUAAGCAUCGGAAAAAUUCAAGAAGCUAAAAUGGUAUUAGAAAAGGCAGCAAAGUUCAACAACAGAACAUAUACUGAAGAUUUCGAUAAAAUAUUAACUUCGCACAUUACAAAUAAUAAGAGAGAAAAUCCAAGUGUAUUGAUGUUAUUCAAAGGGUAUCUUUUGAAGAGAACAUUUUGCUUGUUCGUAGCAUGGUUUUCGAUGAGUAUCGCAUAUUACGGUCUCGUACUUAAUAUUGGCAAAUUCAAUUUGGGAAAUUUGCACGUGACUUCAAUAAUACUCGCUGCAGUCGAAAUACCAGCAAUAGCAUUGAGUAUUCCUAUUCUAUUCAAAACUGGUAGACGGACGCCUGUGUUUGCCUCUAUGAUAGUUUGUGGGCUCGCAUGUAUCGCGAGCGAACUGUUCUCUGUAUCGCUUGGCAACACUUGGGUUAUUAUAUCAUGUCUGAUGAUAGGGAAGUUUACCAUCUCUGCAACAAAUGUGAUGUUACCGAUAUAUACGGCGGAGUUGUAUCCUACUGUGAUAAGAAAUCUUGGCGUUGGUGCCACUCAGGUAGCAGCGGGACUGGCGCUUAUCUGCAUUCCAUAUUUAUGGGAUUUGACGGCGCUAAAUGCCCACUUGCCAAUGUCCACCUUAGCACUGUUGAGCAUAGCAGGUGGUGGUGUAAUUCUUUUGCUACCUGACACCAAAUCCGCCAAAAACGAGAUGGCAGAGGCUGCAGACGCUGCAUGUGAUGGUACAUUUCAAAGCACCGAAAACACACUAUGAACAACCUUAAU